AUGGGCAAACGGGAGGCCGGGGAGAAAACGUUUGAAGUCACCAUCGUAGGAAAACUUAAACCUGGAAGCACCCUUAUUGACUUGGCUCAGAAAGACAACACAGUGCAAAAAUGUACCACAGAGAAAGAGCUAAAGAAGUACUUCGCCUGCAACAACGCCAAAGUGAUGUGUAUCCAGGAGUUGGAAGAUGGGAGAACAGAUUUCACGUUGAAAGUCAAAGUUUUCACUGACAAGGAACCGGAAAACGGAACCAUCCAUGUACAGGUCAAGGAAACUGCAGAGUACACAAUCAAAUUUGCGGACGUCAUGGCCAUUCCGGAAGAGAUGAAACCUGGCACUGAAGUAAAUAAACUAUUUUCUGUAACAGGAGUUAAGGACACCGAUAAACUCAACUACGCACUCCAAGGUGAAGACAGCCGAUACUUGAUCAUAGACGCAGAAACCGGAAGUCUUAACAGCGGUGUACCAGUCGACAGGGAUGGAGAAAAUGGCCGCCGCUAUUUGAACCGCUUAACUAUCAUCGUGAUCAUCAAUGACGUCAAAUCCCUGUCCAAGCCUGUCAACAUAUCGGUCAUCGACAUCAACGACAACGCACCCAAUUACAUAAAGUCCGAAUGGUCUGUGGAAGCGCCGGAGAAUUCGACAAAAAAUACUAUUGCCACCUUGCUUUGCACUGACCUUGACGAGGGGACCAAUGCUAAGAUCGUCCAGACCAUUGUGUCUCCAGCACGCUCCCCCUUCUCCAUGUCGGGGAAUACUCUAAUUGCGGACGUGUUAGACUACGAGGACGUCAGCUACGUCAACAAGACCUACAUUCUGACGGUCAAGGCCGUGGAUCAGCCAACUAAUGGCGUCGCACUAUCCUCCAACACUACGGUGAAGGUCAAGGUUCUCCCUGUCAAUGAGUUCUUCCCCGUUUGGACCGGGCCCUUCACCGGCGGCAAUGGCGCCACCUACAAACACGCUGUCGACAACAACAUCUCUGCAGGGAAGCGCCUUUUCACGCUGACGGCUACAGAUAAGGACAGUGGGGUGGAUGGAGAGUUAAUCUACGGGGAGUCACGGACAUUUACUGAAAACGGCAGCGAGACGGAGUUCAUUUUCCAUGUGAAGGAGUCUGGCGCAGUCCAUGCAAUUAUUGACAUAGCAGCUCCGUCUGUGUACAAACUUGACGUGUUUGUGUCGGACAAGGGGAAGCCCCGCAAAUCCAUCAAUGCUACCAUCACCAUUGACGUUCAAAAAUAUGAAACGCAAACGCCAGAGAAUAUUCAACCAUCAGCCAGAGGGCUUCGCUGGGCUCAGAAGAAUACCGAUGGAAACAUUGUCCUUGACCUUCCUAAAGACAGCAAUGUUGGCACCAUCCUGGCCACAGUGAAAGCUGACGGUGUGGAAGGAACGAUCACCUAUGAAAUGGCAGGAGUCGAACUCGAUGGGAAGCCGACACAGGAACAGUUCCUGUUCUUGAUGCAAAAUGGCAAAUUGAUGGCUUUGAAGACAAAUGACGACUACAAAGAAAAGGCGAAACAUUACAUCAGGGUCAGCGUCGUGGCGACGUCGGGAAAAGGAGCUACAAAACAGCGGAUUGAGUGCACCGUCACCAUCAACCUCGUCACCAGCAGCGUUCCCGCGAAUCAUCCGCCAAAAUGGGUUGUUCCCUUUUCCGGUGACGACGGUGCAGCUGGUACCGUUGACGUCGCCGAGACCAUGGAGCCAGGGUCAACCGUGACGCUGGUUAAAGCUACAGACCAGGACAGUGGCCCAGCGGGAAAGGUGACAUACAGGAUUAGCUCCAUAAUCAACGACAAAGGUGCCGAUGCCAUGAAUCAGUUCAGCUUUGACCCCAACACGGGCAUCCUAACAACGAUGUCCGACCUUGACCUAGAGGACGGUGCCAAGUCCUUCAAGAUCAUCCUGAACGCCAUAGAUGAAGGCAAGCCGCAGCAGAAGAUCAGAGGCCUCCUCACCAUAAAAAUAACGGAUGUCAAUGAAUAUCCACCUGCUCUUGAUCAAUCGUUCUAUACUGCAACCGUCAACUGUGAAAAACAGGAAGGUGACGACAUCCUCAGAAUCAAAAUGUCAGAUAAAGAUGCUACGAGUAAGUUCAAACUUACCUCUUCCAAGAAGAGUGACUAUGUCAAGAUAGAAACCGUCGGCCCUGACACUGCUGCUGUGUUUCUGGAGUCGCGACCAUCACAUGCAUUGUACAAAGAAGACCAUUUCCAAGAGUUCUUUCCCCUUCUUUUGUCUGAUGGUGGUGUCCCAGAACCCAAAACCUCCACCGGCUACAUGAUAAUAAAGUACACGAAAUGUAAUGCCGAGAUCCGAACAAAGGCCCCUUUGCAACCAAUGCCGGAAGUGACGACAUCGAAACCUACCGAGCCACCUCCGAAGGACCACAGUGUUGGAGGCGGGGAAGGAAUUCCUCAACAGACGACGAAAGACAACGGGAAUGGGGAAUCGUCCGAGCCGACGACGGAGUCGGUGACUACAGAGGAUGGAGAAGUCACUGGUUCGACCUUGACAUUGCCUGAUGACGGCACUGCGGCGUCGGAAUCUCCCCCGUGGUUUGUUCCCUCAUCACAUCCUAGCGACAUCACUCCACGCACCACCACUGACGACAGUCAUGAUAAAGGAAACAAAACUAACACCAACCAAGGAGAGUCAGGUGGUUCACGUGUGGGAGGGGGAGGAGGACAUGAAUCACCGGAGUGGGUGGUCAGAUCUCUCUGCAUCGUCCUCUUUCUCGGCUACGUCGCCCUUGGGGGCAUUUACAUCGCCAAGAAAUACUCUCUCAUCAACUUGAACUGUUUACGUCCCAAGACGGCUGUCCACCCGCGUGCCGAUCACGGAGACGGACACGACAACAACGACAACGGCCCUGGCGGCUCCGUCAUGGACUACGGCGAAAGACAGGCCGACAACAUGCCGGACAUAACCGCCGCCCUGGCUAUCGCCUCCCCCAACUACAUGGACUCGUACCCCCGGGAACUUCCCCAGCCUCCUACCGUCACAACAACGCCCGCCAUAACACCCGUGCCCCCAACCCCGUCUGUCCCCUCGGUACCCCUCCCUCCCAUCCCCUCCAUUCAGACUCAACCUCCACCGGCUGUGCCACCGUUAUCGACAACAACAUCACAGAUGCCACCUAAGUUUCUGCCGCCUCUCCCCGAGGUUACCCGAAGACAGCCGGAGACAUAA